AUGCCGCCCACGACGGCGGCCACCACCACGGUCUCCCUUCGGGAGCUGGCGGACUUGGCCAUCGGCACCCCGGAGGUGGGCGCCGUCAACUUCACGGCCCUGCACACGCUCAUCGUGGCCAUGCUCCGGAGCCUCAACCUGCAGGAGGUGCGCAUCGACUUCCAGUCGCCGUUGCCGUCGCCAGAGACAAGCCGCACCUUGGAGAUCCCGCAGGCCGCGCUCAGCGCCCCGCAGCUGGCUGCGUCCAGAGAGAAGCCGCGCGGCAGCCUGACCAAGCCACCGACGGCCGCGGCGACACUCGAGAGCCAGGUGAAGGGCCUGGGCGGGCAGGUCCAGGACCUCAGCAGGAAGCUCAAGACCGUCACGAGCCAGGUGCAGGGCAUCGUGAGCCACGUGCAGCACCUUACGGCUCCCAUCAGCGAGCUGGACGCCCGGGACUGGCUGGAGGAGGAGACCGCCAAGCUGACGCCGGCCAGGGCACGAGCAGGGUCGUUGAAAACCGCGAAGGGCGAGCGGGCCACCAUCUCCCAGACAGCCUUCCAGCGAAUCGAUGCUCUAGAGAAGAUAGUCAGAGAACGGGAUGAAUUCCUGGACCUCGUGGGCCGGAAGAUGAGUUUGAUGCCUGUUGGAGAAGAAGUCACCAUGGUCACCUGGGAGGAGCUGGAACAAGCCAUUACUGACGGCUGGAGGGCCUCACUAGGGGGCUCAGAGACAACGACGGGACUCCCUCAACGCAGAGGGCACGCUUCCGCAACGUCAGAUGACAUACUUCAAGGCGGAGUCCCCAUCAAGCGGUCAAGUGCUGACCGGGCUGUGGAUUCUCCCCGUGCUUAUGGCUCAGAUCAGACCUUUUCAGGACUUGGUGGCGUAAGAAACCCCUCUGAAGGGGUCACCAGGGAACAAGGCAGAGGUGCCUCGGCUGCCGCAUUUCCUGCUAGAGAACAGCACCCGAGGGCCCGUGACGAAGCUGGCCUGACAAAGACCCAUCACCCAUCUGCAUCCCAAUCCAGAGUAGAGUCAGAUCGCCCCAGGACGAGAGAGCUGCCAUCGCACAGCUCAGCCCAUCUAAGAAAAGAGGAACGAGAAGCACAGCCUGGUCCCACCCUGCAGGACCUAUCCUCAGGCCCUGUGGCCGGAGAUGAGCAUCAAGGACACCCAGAUCAGCACUGGGGGGUGGAUGCAAGCCCGGGUCAAAUCCAGCCCGGGCCAGAUCAGCACGGUUUGGGACCACAUGGCGUGGACCCACUGGUGUGGCACCAUCCCAGGACUUACCCACGUGCUGUGGUACCACACGGCGUGGGUCAGCUCGGUGUGAUGCCACCUGGGAUGGAUGAGUGGGGCUUGGUAACACCUGGCCCGGAUCAGUAUGGGAUGGUGCCACCAGAGGUACCCGGCACACACCAGCAAGGAUGGGAACUACCUAGCCCAGUUCAGCCUGGUAUGAUUCCACCUGGCGCGUAUCAGUAUGACGCACGACUUCCUGGCACAGCCCAACAGCCUGGUGUGGAUCCGCGCGGAUUGGUGCCCCUGGCUGCAGAUCAGCGUGGAUUUUUAAUACCUGGCGUGGAUCAACAAGGAUUGGUUCUGCCUGGCAUGGAUCAACAGGGAUUGGUUCCACACCUCACACAUCAACGUGGUUUGGCAUCCUCUGGUUUGAUGCAAGUUGUUGCAGAUCGGCAAGGUUUUGUACAGCCAAGCUUGGAAACAUCUGAGUUCACUCAUCCUGACACAGAUCAGCAUGAUAUAAUACAGCCUGGCAUUGAUCAGCGUGGUUUGGUGCAACCUGGCGCAGGUCAGCCUGGCUUGGCACAGCCUGGCAUGGAUCAGCGUGGGUUGGUGCAACCCGGUGCAGGUCAGCCUGGCUUGGUGCAGCCUGGCAUGGAUCAGCGUGGUUUGGUGCAACCUGGUGCAGGUCAGCCUGGCUUGGCACAGCCUGGCAUGGACCAGCGUGGUUUGGUGCAACCUGGCGCAGGUCAGCCUGUUAUGGCACAGCCUGGCAUGGACCAGCGUGGUUUGGUGCAACCUGGUGCAGGUCAGCCUGGCAUGGCGCAGCCUGGCAUGGACCAGCGUGGUUUGGUGCAACCUGGUGCAGGUCAGCCUGGCAUAGGUCAACGUGGUUUGUUGCAACCUGGCACAGGUCAGCCUCCCUUGGUGCAGCCUGGCAUGGAUCAGCGUGGUUUGGUGCAACCUGGCGCAGCUCAGCCUGGUUUGGUGCAGCCUGGCAUUGAUCAGCAUGGUUUGGUGCAACCUGGCACAGGUCAGCCUGGCUUGGCGCAGCCUGGCAUCGAUCAGCGUCGUGGUUUGGUGCAACCUGGAACAGGUCAGCCUGGUUUGACACAACCUGGCAUGGACCAGCGUGGUUUGGUGCAACCUGGUACAGGUCAGCCUGGCUUGGCACAGCCUGGCAUGGACCAGCGUGGUUUGGUGCAACCUGGAACAGGUCAGCCUGGUUUGACACAACCUGGCAUGGACCAGCGUGGUUUGGUGCAACCUGGAACAGGUCAGCCUGGCUUGGUACAGCCUGGCAUGGACCAGCGUGGUUUGGUGCAACCUGGAACAGGUCAGCCUGGUUUGACACAACCUGGCAUGGACCAGCGUGGUUUGGUGCAACCUGGAACAGGUCAGCCUGGUUUGACACAACCUGGCAUGGAACAGCGUGGUUUGGUGCAACCUGGAACAGGUCAGCCUGGCUUGGCACAGCCUGGCAUGGACCAGCGUGGUUUGGUGCAACCUGGCGCAGGUCAGCCUGGCUCGGCGCAGCCUGGCAUGGAUCAGCGUGGUUUGGUGCAACCUGGCGCAGGUCAGCCUGGCUCGGCACAGCCUGGCAUGGAUCAGCGUGGUUUGGUGCAACCUGGCGCAGAUCCACGUGGCUUUUCUCAACCUGGUGCAUAUCCUCCUGGAUUGAUUCAACCUGGCGCAUAUCCACCUGAUUUGGUACAGCCUGGUGCCUAUCCACGUGGUUUGGUCCAACCUGGAAUUGAUCAGUAUGGCUUGAGGCAACCUGGUACCGGACAACCAGGUGUGAUACCAGCAGGCACAGGGCUUCGUGGCUUUCCAGCAUUUGCCCCAGAUUUUCCAAGAUAUUUAGCACAUCCAUAUCACCCUGGUGAAAUACCUCCUGGCAGAUAUCAACAUGGUCAAGUGUCAGCACUCCUAGCCAAUCAAGGUUUGGCAUCACCAGGUAUUGGCCAAAAGGGUUUAUCAGAAACUUACCAGCAAGGCUUGUUACAUCGUGGCACAGACCAGCAUGGCCUGACACCAUUAAGCCCCCAUGUGGGAUCUGUACAGCGAGCUCAACAGCAUUUGGUUUCGCCUGGCCCAGAUCAGCGUGGCCAGGGACAAGCAGGCACAGAACAGCAAGACCAAGUAUCCUCUAUCCCAGAAUCCUGGGACCCAUCCUAUCCUGGCCCUCCCCGCCCAGGCGUCCUGGGGGUAGAUCCACGAGUCCAGAUGGCUUUGGAUCCAAAACAAAUAGAUGCCUCAGGCCAGCCUGCCUUUCCCAGGAGCGCAGACUCUCUUAGCUAUCUCCACGGAGUUUCCUCCGAAAAGAGCGAUUCCCAGAGCGAGAGACGAGACUCGCUGGAUAAAUUAGCUCCGACCUUCCCCAUGGCAGUGGAAACAUUUCGUCUGAUGGGAGAGCUCCUUGGCCUCUAUGUAGAGCUCAAGGAGAACAUGAAGGAGCUGGACGAGGAGCAGGCUGGCCAGACCGACCUGGAGAAGAUCCAGUACCUGCUCGGCCUCAUGGUCAAAAAGGCUAUACCCCCAGACCUGCAGGAACAGCUGAACACCUUAAAGUCCUUAACCAAAGAAGUUCGGCAGGAAAAAGCAAAGAUGGAGAGGAUGCAGAAGAUCCUGGAGGGCAACGGGGAACACGGAACAGGAAAAGACAUGAAGAAUGGCUCGCUGAGCUUGCAGCUGGGAAUCCUCAGAGUGACCGUGGCUGACAUCGAGAAGGAACUGGCCGAGCUGAGGGAAAGCCAAGAGCAGGGCAAGGUCAGCAUGGAGCACUCGGUCUCCGAAGCUUCCCUCUACCUGCAGGACCAGCUUGACAAGCUCAGGGCGAUCAUCGAGAACAUGCUGGCCUCAUCUUCCACGCUGCUGUCCCUGAGCAUGGCUCCUCACAAGACGCUGUCCACUUUGGAACCUGGCCAGAUUGACCCGGAGGCCACCUGCCCCGCCUGCAGCCUGGACCUGAGCCACCAGGUCAGCACGCUGGUGCAGCGCUACGAGCAGCUUCAGGACAUGGUCAACAAUCUGGCCGCCUCCCGGCCCUCCAAGAAGGCCAAGCUCCAGAGCCAGGAUGAAGAGCUGCUGGGCCACGUCCAGAGUGCCAUCCUGCAGGUGCAGGGCGACUGCGAGAAGCUGUACAUCACCACCAGCGGCCUCAUCGAAGACCGCCGGCAGAAGCAGAAGGACAUUGACGUGCUGUACCAGGGCAUAGAGAAGCUGGAGAAGGAAAAGGCCAACAGAGAGCACCUGGAGAUGGAGAUUGACGUGAAGGCUGAUAAGAGCGCCCUGGCGGCCAAAGUGAGCCGUGUCCAGUUCGAUGCCACCACGGAGCAGCUGAACCACAUGAUGCAGGAGCUGGUGGCGAAGAUGAGCGACCACGAGCAGGACUGGCAGAAGAUGCUGGACAAGCUCCUGGUGGAGAUGGACAGCAAGUUGGACCGCCUGGAGCUGGACCCCGUGAAGAAGUUGCUGGAAGACCGCUGGAAGUCCUUGCGGCAGCAGCUCAAGGAGCGCUCUCCCCUCUACCAGGCAGACGAGGCGGCGGCCAUGCGGAGGCAGCUCUUGGCACAUUUCCACUGCCUCUCUUGUGACCGGCCCUUGGAGACAGCUGUGACUGGACAAUUUAUCCCGGUGACUCCUGUGGGCCCAGCCCUGCCUGGGCACCGUUCCACCCGCCCAUACACUAUCUUCGAGCUGGAGCAGGUCCGGCAGCAGAGCCGCAACCUCAAGCUGGGCGGUACCGCCUUCCCUCGGGGCGACUUGGCGCACAUGGAGCGGAGCGUGGGGCGCCUGCGUACCAUGCACUCCAAGAUGCUGAUGGACAUUGAGAAGGUGCAGAUCCACUUCGGAGGCUCCGUCCGGGCCAGCAGCCAGAUGAUCCGGGAGCUGCUGCAGGCACAGUGCCUGAGCUCCCCCUGCUACAAACGGGUGCCGGAGACAGCCGACUACGUGUACUCGAGCGUCCCCCGGCGCUGCGGGGGCAGCCACACCCUCACGUACCCCUACCGCCGCAGCCGUCUACAGCACCUGUCCCAGGGCCUGUACCCCACCGAGGAGGUCCAGAUCGCCAUGAAGCAUGAUGAGGUGGAUAUCUUGGGCUUGGAUGGACAUAUUUACAAGGGACGGAUGGAUACAAGGCUGCCGGGCAUCUUGACCAAAGACAGUGAGUCCUCCAUCUCCGGGAUGACCAAGCACAAGGCCAAGCAUUCCCGGCCCCACGUGCACAGGCAGCAGUCCCUCAGCGACAACGGCCAGCUGCCCUCGAGACCUCAGAGUGCCCAGAUGCUGGGUGUCAACAGCCCAGCUCCUCCUCGUCCACGGAAAGACAGAGCCCUGUCGUCCGAGGGGCGCCUCGCCCAGCCCAACACGGCCCACCCGCCCAGCCCCAGCGAGUUGGAGAUGCACAUGGAUAUGCCCCCUGGGGAGGGGCCCGAGGAGCCCACCCGGGGACCGCGGUCCACCACUGCUCAGUGA